AGUUGGGGUGCCAGCAAAGAAAAUUAAAAUAAAAUCCCAAGGGGGGGGAGCUUGGAAGGACCCGUCUCUACAGGGCAUCUGCUGGGCAUCGCUUUUGCUGGCCAUGGCUGGGCUCUGGUUGUUUUUGCUCGUGGGCCGCCUACUGGCGCCGGGCAGCGCCUUCAACCUGGACGUGGAGAGCCCGACUGUUUACUCCGGUUCCGAGGGGAGUUACUUCGGCUUCGCGGUGGAUUUCUUCGCCCCGGAUGGCUCCUCGAUGUUUCUCCUUGUGGGUGCUCCAAAGGCAAACACAACUCAACCAGGGAUUGUGCAAGGAGGCCAGGUGCUCAAGUGUAACUGGAACCCCAACAGAAGAAACUGCCAGCCGAUUGUAUUUGACGCCACAGGCAACAGAGAUUUUGCGAAAAACGAUCCUCUGGAAUUCAAGUCCCAUCAAUGGUUUGGCGCAUCGGUGAGAUCUAAAGAUGACAAAAUUUUGGCAUGCGCCCCAUUGUACCACUGGAGAACAGAACAGAAAGCAGAGAGGGAACCUGUGGGAACAUGUUAUCUUCACGACGGGUCCAGAGCUUUUGAAUACGCUCCCUGCAGGUCAACAAGCAUUGACGCUGAAGGACAGGGCUUUUGUCAAGGUGGAUUCAGCAUUGACUUUACUCAGGGAGAUAGAGUACUUCUUGGAGGACCUGGAAGUUUUUACUGGCAAGGCCAGCUCAUUUCUGAUAAAGUGGCUGAGAUUGUGUCAAAAUACAACCCUAAAGUCUACACUACCAAGUAUGACAGCCAGUUAGCAACGCGGUCGGCCAAUGCUGCUUUCGACGACAGCUACUUGGGUUAUUCAGUAGCUGUGGGAGAUUUCAGCCAUGAUGGCAUAGAAGAUUUUGUCUCUGGGGUCCCAAGAGCAGCAAGAACUUUGGGCAUGGUGUCUAUUUAUAAUGGAGACACCAUGGCGUCCAUGUAUAACUUUACUGGAGAGCAGAUGGCUGCAUAUUUUGGAUAUUCUGUAGCUGCCACAGAUAUCAAUGGGGAUGAUUACGCAGAUCUACUCAUAGGAGCCCCACUCUUUAUGGAUCGUGGUUCUGACGGCAAACUUCUUGAAGUGGGACAGGUUUCCGUUUAUCUCCAACAAGCAUCUGGAGGCUUUCAGAGUCAGGCCAUGAAGCUGAAUGGCUUCGAGGUUUUUGCAAGGUUCAGCAGUUCAAUCGCACCUUUGGGAGAUCUCGAUCAGGACGGCUUCAAUGACAUUGCAGUUGCUGCCCCUUAUGGUGGAGAAGACAAGAAAGGGCUGGUUUACAUCUACAAUGGGAGAGCUACAGGUUUGAACGGGAUGCCAUCUCAGGUCCUUGAAGGACAAUGGGCCUCUGAGACAAUGCCACCAAGCUUUGGAUACUCACUGAAAGGAGCUACCGACGUGGACAAAAAUGGCUACCCAGACUUGAUUGUAGGUGCUUUUGGUGCUGACAAAGUUGCCUUAUACAGGGCACGACCAGUCAUUACAGUAAAUGCUGGACUAGAGGUCACCCCAACCAUUCUAAAUCCGGAAGACAAAUCCUGUGAACUGAAUGAAAAUGGCCAGAAGGUUUCGUGUUUUAAAGUAAAGUUCUGCUUGAAAGCGGAUGGCAAAGGAAGUCUUCCCAGGGACCUCACUUUCCAUGUGGAGCUGCUGUUGGACAAACUGAAGCAAAAAGGUGCCAUCAGGAGGGCGCUGUUUCUCCACAACAGGCAACCAGUCCACUCGAAGAACAUGACCGUCCCCAAAGGGGGUCGAAUGAGCUGUGAAGAACUUCAGGCAUUUUUAAGGGACGACUCCGAAUUUAGAGACAAGCUUACUCCAAUCACCAUAUUCAUGGAAUAUCAGCUAGAUUACAAAACGGCUAUGGACUCUACUGGCUUGCAGCCCAUCCUCAACCAGUUCACUCCUGCAAACGUUAGCAGACAGGCUCAUAUUCUUCUGGACUGUGGCGAGGACAAUGUCUGUCGUCCGGACUUGCAAGUGGCUGUGCACAGUGAUCAGAAGCAGAUCUAUAUUGGGGAUGAGAAUCCUUUAACCCUAGUCGUCAAUGCCGAGAACCUAGGAGAGGGAGCCUAUGAAGCUGAACUCUUUGUUACCGUCCCACCUCAAGCAGACUUCAUUGGCAUAGUUCGCAACAAGGAGGAUUUGGCGAGGCUUUCAUGCGCAUUUAAAACUGAGAAUAAAACCCGGCUCGUUGUCUGCGACCUUGGGAAUCCAAUGAAAGCAGAAACAAAACUUUCAGCCGGCCUUCAUUUUAGUGUUCAUCAGGAAUCUGAGAUGGACACCUUUGUGAAGUUUGAUCUACAGAUUCGUAGCUCUAACAUGUACAACAACCUAAGCCCCGUGACAUCUUAUCAGGUGGACCUGGCCAUCUCAGCAGUUGUCGAAAUCAGAGGGGUUUCUUCUCCGGAUCAUCUUUUUCUCCCAAUUCCUAAUUGGCAACCCAAGGAGAAUCCAGAAACGGAGGAUGACAUCGGGCCUCUGGUUCAACACAUCUACGAGCUCAGAAACAAUGGUCCGAGUGCUGUCAGCAAAGUGAUGCUCAAUCUUCAGUGGCCUUACAAGUAUAACAACAACACCCUGUUGUAUAUUAUGGAAUAUGAAAUUGAAGGCCCCAUGAACUGCACUUCCGAUAUGGAAAUUAACCCGCUAAAAAUUAAGAUGUCAACGCCUCACCAAGAUGAAAAGAAUGAAACAACGAAUGGAGGAGAUAGCCGCAGUCACAAUGUCAACCGGAGGGACCUAAGCGCAGCUGAGGGAGAUGUACAAACUUUGGGCUGUGGAACUGCAGAAUGUUUAAAGAUAUUCUGCCAAGUGGGUCGCCUAGAGAGGGAGAAGACGGCAAUUCUGUAUUUAAAAUCUCGCCUUUGGACUCAGACCUUCAUGAACAAAGAAAACCAGAACCACUCCUAUUCUCUCAAAUCAUCCGCUUCCUUCAGCGUUAUCGAGUUCCCUUACAAGAAUCUUUCCUUUCCCGAAGAUGUCCACAAUUCUACAAUAGUUACCACGAAUAUCCUGUGGGGUAUUCAGCCAGCACCCAUGACCGUGCAAGUCUGGGUAAUCAUACUAGCCGUCUUAGCAGGAUUAUUACUUCUGGCACUUCUAGUCUUUAUAAUGUACAGGGUGGGUUUCUUCAAGCGUGUGCGGCCACCUCAGGAAGAACAAGAAAGGGAACAGCUGCAACCACAUGAAAAUGGAGAAGGGACAUCAGACGCCUAAGCAGUGUUUUAGCUGUGUCAUUUACCAAAAGGUUCAGAAUGGUCAACACCUUCCUUUUUAAAAAAUAUGUGUAUUUUUUCUGCCUUGAGGGACAGACAGACUGUCUAGAAUUGCAUUGCAGGUGUCUUCUGGCAUUUACAGUAGUCAGAGGUUAACUGCAAAAUGAGAGCAAUAUAUGUUAGCCUCCCUCCUAUUUAAUCCUGUUCACAUACGUGACUAAUACAUGUGCACUGAUGAGCAUAUUUUUAGUGCCACAGCCUUGCUUAUCCAGCUCCAGAAGGCUAAAGACAUAAAAUGUGUUGAUUGGUACAAUUUGAACUGCUGACAAGAGUUUGAAGACCUGCAGCCACUACAUCCGUUUAAUGAACUUUGUGUACACUAAUUGAAGACUGUCUGGGUUGGACCAUUCCACGGUACUCACCAAUCCUCAGAAGUACUUCACUUGCCACUACAUUUUCAAACCAGAAACAUCUAAAUCGACAAAACGUACAGUGUUCUGCUCCAGUUAUGUGAUCUUCCGUGAGUUCGCCAUAGAAGACAACUGUACUGUAGUAUGGUACCAAUUUCAGGAAUCGCUGUCCACUUCAUAGAUGCAAAAGAUUUAUUUCUGUUUCCUAAUAUUUAUGAGAGAUCAUCAGCCUUUUUCUAGACACUAAUAUACCCAUGCUCUGGGAAAUGAUUGAUUUGUGCACCAGACUUCUGAUAACUUUUCUAGCCUUUCGUAACUUUUCCGCCCUUCAGAAAAUUCAAAGCCUAUACAAGGAAAUGGAAAUUCUCCAUUCACAAUACAUUAUAAAAAUAAUUAAGAAUAUCUGCUUGACCUUACUAUGCAUAAUUUUACUUUUGCUUUCAAAAUGCAAGUUUUGAAACAAAAGGGGAAUUAUU